GUGUUAUUAUUUACCUUUACAGCAACCAAUGAUUCUGAAGAAGAUACCUAUGCUGUAUAGCAUUCUGCUUCAAGACAACAAUGCCCUUGUUCAACACACAGCCUUAGAAUCACUUACACAAUUUGCUGAGAGUACACCAUAUGAAACACUGGUUCCUGAAUGUUUGGGGGACAAUCAACAGUUACAGAAUAAAGUUGUGGCUUUCCUUAGCAAGUCAGCUGAGGUGAGUCCAGACUUUAGAGAACUUACUUACUUGAAACAGCAACAGGAAAAGCUCUGCCAACAACAUGACAACAUUGAUAUCCAAGUGAUAGAUGGGCUGCAAGCCAGUGAAUUACUUGGGGAAAUUAGGAAAGAAGCUAAUGGAGAUAUGCUUGAUGACAUUGAAGAGACGGAACAACUGCGAGGUCAUCUACAGAACAUCCUAUCUGACUUAUAUGCGGACAUCUCAAAGUAG